AGCAAUGUGACCUUUAACUAUUCAAGGUACAACUUUUCUUCAACUACUCGAGCGUCUGUCAAAAGUCGACACGACACGACUUUCUUCAUCCACUCCCUCGCAUCAGCCUGUCAAUUCACCUUCCCAAAAUUCGCCACCGCUACAGGCGCCCUCCUCCAGUUCCUUCAGCGGCUCCACCACUGACCCAACCUGUCCCUCACCAAGUUCCAUAAAUAAAAAACAGAGAAACAGAGAGAGGUCUUGAGCAUAGGUUGAAAAUGGGGUGUGGGAAUGUCUUCUACACCUUAAUCAUAACUUUCUCAGUAGCGCUAAUCACCUACAACAUCCUCAUCUCAUCCAAUGCUCCUCUAAAGCAAGAGCUUCCAGGCCCUUCAAGAUCAUCAAUUGUUGAUCCCAUAAUCAAGAUGCCAGUAGAAAGAUCAAGAAGAUAUGGGUCAGCUGAAAAGAAGAGGCUGUUUCACACGGCUGUGACAGCUUCAGAUUCAGUUUACAACACUUGGCAGUGUCGAGUUAUGUACUACUGGUUCAAGCAGUUUAAGGAUGGACCAAAUUCAAAUAUGGGUGGGUUCACUAGGAUCUUGCACUCUGGUAAACCUGACAAGUACAUGGAUGAGAUUCCCACUUUCAUUGCUCAGCCUUUACCAGCUGGAAUGGAUCAGGGUUAUAUAGUCCUCAACAGACCUUGGGCAUUUGUGCAGUGGCUCCAACAAGCAGACAUAAAAGAAGAUUACAUAUUGAUGGCUGAGCCUGACCAUAUUAUUGUCAAGCCUAUACCAAACUUAGCGAAAGAAGAGCUUGGAGUUGCAUUUCCUUUCUUUUAUAUAGAACCUAAAAAGUACGAGUCAGUUCUGAGAAAGUUCUUCCCUGAGGACAAGGGUCCAAUAACCAAUAUCGACCCGAUAGGAAAUUCUCCGGUCAUUGUUGGGAAGGUUUCUCUUAAAAAAAUUGCUCCAACUUGGAUGAAUGUCUCAUUGGCAAUGAAGGAAGAUCCUGAAGCAGAUAAAGCUUUUGGUUGGGUGCUUGAAAUGUAUGCUUAUGCUAUUUCCUCUGCCUUGCAUGGUGUUGGUAACAUCUUGUACAAAGAUUUCAUGAUCCAGCCUCCUUGGGAUACAGAAAUCGGUAACAAGUUCAUUAUUCAUUACACAUAUGGGUGUGACUAUGAUUUGAAGGGUAGGUUAACCUAUGGAAAGAUUGGAGAAUGGAGGUUUGAUAAAAGAUCUUUUGAUAGUGUAGCACCACCAAGAAGCCUUCCCCUGCCACCUCCUGGUGUUCCACAAAGUGUGGUAACACUGGUGAAAAUGAUAAAUGAAGCCACGUCAAACAUUCCAAAUUGGGGGUCAUAGAAGAAGAAAAAAGGGGUUGACUGCAACUGCAAGAUGCUGGAUGAAAAAGCUUCAUUCAGUCGUCAUACACAUUUGGAUGGGAAAAAAGAAGGGAAGAGGGUGUGCGGGGGUGUUGGGUUUAUUCAUGUUUAUUCUGCUAGUUAAAAUUGGGACAUAACCUGAUGAACUAUGAUGAGCAGAGGGAGAAAAAACUAAAAUUAUAUAUAGGUGGUCAGUCUGAUCCCAAAAUGUUUGUUGCUCUUCAAAUUAACAAAAGCAUAUUAUUGUUUGAUGACGUUUUUUGUUUUUGAUAAGAACUGGCGUUCUCAGUGAUUUCUCUUCUUUGAUUAUUUAAAGAAAAAUGAAGGCAAACUCUGCAAGUUGUAAGAAAAGAUACGUAUUCUUUUGCUUAUCGUGGGGAAAUUUCUGAUAUGCUUUCAAAAGAGCUUAACCUACGGAAAGAAUGUUGAGUGGAGGUUUGGUAGUUUGUUGGUUUCAUUAAUUGAAACUUACGGCUAAUCAAAAAAUUUUCUUUGGUCGUGAUUUAAGAAUAGGAUAAGAAAUUAUAAUUUUUGAGAUUUGGUUGUGGUUUAAGAAUAAGUAGUUAUAAUUGCUAAGAUUUGAAUUGUAGAUUUCUUGAAUGUCAAAUGUUCUUUAUGUCACUUUCCUAAGUUGAUUAUGAGAAAGCUAAAUGGUAGGAUUUUUUUAUUUCAUAUUUUCAAGCUUUUUCCUGAGAUGUUGUGGGUUCAGUUG